UCACGUGCCCACGCCCAGCCCCGCCCCGCUGGCGGUGGGGCCGGGACUGCGUCCGUCGCCCCGCGGGCCGGAGCCGGGACACGCGGCAGGAGCGGGGGGGGUGUCGCGCGCACGCGCGCUCGGCAGCAGCAGGCGGAGGAGGAGGAGGAGGGUGGAAGAAGCGUGUCAGGCCCGCUUCGACACCCUGCGGCGGCACCGACACGAGCGCUGGGGCAGCGCCGGCCCCGGCCCGGUGGAGGCCGGGUCUCUGCACAGGCGCCGGAGCGGGGGAGCCGGAGGGGCAGGAGCAGGCGUUGUGUCCGGCGCUACAACUUGUUGUGAAGCAUUUCCAGCUGCUCCACUUGUGCAUAUUUUCAAACAGGCAGGAUCUUUUGAAGACGACACCUCACGUUAUAUUAUUAAAAUGGCUAUCCAUACAAGGCUGAGUGUAAAAAUGAAAAUGCUGACAGGUUCAAGCAGGACAGUUUCAGGAAUGUAUGACUUGAGAGAGGCAGCCAGACAGACAAUCCAAAUGCUUCAGUUGGCAGGAUGAAGUGAUAUGCUAAUGUAAGAGAAAAGAUACCUCCUAUUUUAAUGGGCAAGUCAUCCCCAGCCUGUCGUCUAGCAGCCUGCCUGGGGUCGCCAAUAGUGCAAGGAUGGUGACAACUUUCACCACCAUCCACCUGUUCCUGCUCCUAACUCAAGCAACACCAGAGCCGAGCGCUGAGGAGGACCCACUACAUCGGAACUCUGUGCUCCGGAUGAUUGAAAUCUGGGCGAAUGCCACCGGCCCGCAUCCAGAGGGGGUCACCGCUUGCAUCCCGAAGCCUGCAGCAAUCGAGGACAAUGUUCUAGAGGCGUAUGUUACUCCCCUUAAUAUCGCAAAAUGGUUUUCAGAGGUACGAGGACCAUUGUGCGGAACCUCUAUUUGUAGAAUCAAUGGUCCCAUACCUUGCCCAGGUUGCCAAGUAGUUUCUUUUCCCGACUAUACACGCAUAAGAGGGAAUAAAAUGGCGGCGUACUACUGGCCGUCAGGUCAGAUAACGGAGAAAAACAUCUCUAGCCUAAACUGUAGGAGUUGGGGACUAGGGAGUAACAAAGCAGAGCCAACUGAUUGUCAUCGUAUCCCCUGGGGGGCUCGAAAGUGGGGCACCGAUGAAGAUCAAGUGCAAUUCCUACCAUGGCAAGCCCAUAGUCUCCAACCUUCAUGGUUCCUUUUCCUUAAUAGCACUCCCAUGCCAGAGGGAGGGUGGAAUGUAAGCAGAGGGGUAAAUCUCACUAUUUUCCACGGGACACAUCAGCUGUUAAGUGCCUUCUUCCCAUUGAGACAAGCGGAAGUGCGGCAUUUAGAAAGCCGCAACCUAACACACCCCUACUGCACACCUAAAAUCCAGGCCCUUUGGUGUCGUAGAAAGGGGCUACCGACCAACGCACCCCGAGGACUCAUGUGGGCAUGUAACAACGAUGUACUAUAUACUGCUCUACCUGCUCGCUUUGAUGGGGCUUGCUUUAUUGCCAGCGUAGAACUCCGCCCACCUCUUGCUACAAACACUUCCAACCCAUACACUCCCUGGUUCGCACACACUGAGGCCAGGGGAAAACGCUCCGCUACCACUUGGUCCAGAAUGACCUAUAGCCAACAAGUAGGCAAACGUUUUGAAUGGGCAAUGGAAGGGUUGUUCCUUUGGUAUGUAGGAAUCAUGAGAGCUCGGGAGGCCAUUGUAAAAUUAGCAGAGGAAGUAGAAAUAGGCUUCAAUGCCACCAAUGAAGCUCUAUUCCUGCUAAACAAGCAGUUACAAGAAACCUCAAGGAUGACUAUGCAAAAUCGACUUGCCCUCGAUGCUAUGUUACUUCAUAAUGGAGGAGCAUGCAAAUACCUAAAUUUAUCUGAUGAGUAUUGCUGUAUUUCAAUUCCUAAUGUGACCGUACCGCUAACGGCUCAACUGGAGUUAAUUAAAAAGGCCGCUAAAGGUGCUAAUGCCAUAGCGAAAGUAAGCAGUGGUUGGCUCGCGGACCUUUUUUUCCAGUUUUGGUUGGAGUUUUUCCUCGUUAGCAACGUGCAUACUCGCCCCAUUAUUAACCCUGUGAAUACCUCUAUUCAGUUGUUUAUUGUGUGUUUGCGUAGGAUGUUGUGUCGUUGAUUCAGUCAAAAAGAAAGUCAUAACACCAUCAGCCUUAGUCUACGCUCAAAUACCUAAUCCUUCCGAAGACAAGGACUUUGAGUAUGUGUCUAUGACCAGUAUUAGAUAAAUUAAUGAUGUAUUCGUGUUCAAUCAUAUAACAAUCUGGCAGUAGUCAAGGGGGCAUGUCAGGAGGUGAUGUGACUCCACCAGAUUGCUGUUUGAGACAUUAAGUGACAUGGCUACCUGUGAGUGACAUUCGGUGACGCAGUGGCGGAGGAAUGUGACCUUAAUAUGCACCAUCAUGCGGACAAUGCGUGAUCGCUUAUAGCCUAACCAAUCAGAAGUUACCCCUAGAGCGUGGCUGGCUGGACCAGCAUGCUGAGGCCUCCAGAAUGUUCCAUCAAGGGGGGACCCUGAUUGGCUAGGGAGUUUAUAAAGGGGACUGCGCGCCUCGGCGUGGGGUCCCCAGACGCUCCCAGACUCCGGUCCUUGGGAUCAGAUCUCAAAGACAGCCUGAUCACCUGUCUUGCGGUCUGGACAGACCCCUCGGCUUCUAGCUAGAUUUCUAGCGUAGGCUGCUACAGCUUACAGUUAGACCACACGCAAUCCGGAACGCCCUGGGUGUUGCCCAGCCAGGCAUCCUACUUGUACUGCUAUUACUUUCGGCUGCAGUCGACCUCCACGACUACACCUUACUUGUCACUCGCCGCCACCAUCAUUUGCUCGUCUUUUCUACCCGCACCACAUCGUCUGUAUCCACCUGCUACUGUAAAUAGUCCUUGUAAUUAGUUCCUGUAUUCACCAAGUUACUUCAACUCGUUAAUCAUCUUGUUGGCUCGUAAGUAAACUUAUAACUUUUCUUCACCUAC